AUGACAAGACGAGACCCCACGCAAAUUAGACAUUCACACGCGAGUGUAUAUCUGUGUCACUGUGUCAGUGUAGCCUCACCACGCCUUCACAAGUGUGCAUCUGAGUACGUGUGUCACUGUAAGCCCACUCCAGCAGUUAUCCAGUUCAUUCGACAGUUCCAGGAACCAACAGUUGCCAGUUCAUUCGACAGUUCCAGGAACCAGCAGUUGUCCAGUUCAUUAGACAGUUCCAGGAACCAACAGUUAUCCAGUUCAUUCGACAGUUCCAGGAACCAGCAGUUGUCCAGUUCAUUCGACAGUUCCAGAAACCAACAGUUAUCCAGUUUAUUCGACAGUUCCAGGAACCAACAGUUAUCCAGUUUAUUCGACAGUUCCAGGAACCAGCAGUUGUCCAGUUCAUUCGACAGUUCCAGGAACCAGCAGUUGUCCAGUUCAUUCGACAGUUCCAGGAACCAGCAGUUGUCCAGUUCAUUCGACAGUUCCAGGAACCAACAGUUGUCCAGUUCAUUUGACAGUUCCAGGAACCAACAGUUAUCCAGUUUAUUCGACAGUUCCAGGAACCAGCAGUUGUCCAGUUCAUUCGACAGUUCCAGGAACCAGCAGUUGUCCAGUUCAUUCGACAGUUCCAGGAACCAACAGUUGUCCAGUUCAUUCGACAGUUCCAGGAACCAACAGUUAUCCAGUUCACUCGACAGUUCCAGGAACCAGCAGUUAUCCAGUACAGUCGACAGUUCCAGGAACCAACAGUUGUCCAGUUCAUUCGACAGAGCAGUAGAGUAG